UGAUAUCACCUAAAUAUUUUGUAUUUGCGCAGUAGAAGGUGAAGAGAAUGUACACCAAUCAUAUAUAAAAUUGAAUAUGAAUUAGAGUAUUAUCAUCGCGCGAUAAAUGGUUGAAAGAACGCAAGCCAACUCGUUAGCCACAUACAAAGAAACCAUUCAGCAGCAUAUUUAAUGCAAUUCCAGACGCUUUACGCAAAGAUUUUGCAAAACCAGCUGGCAUGUGUACAUAUUGCGCCGAGGUGUAGCGACAUCGCAUGUGCAAAUCAAUUGUUGACUGAUUCGCUGUUGGGCUGUGUGUUCGUGAGGUCAAAAAGUAGAUGCGAAACGUUUGUUGCAGCAAAAGUGCCAGACAGCUCGGUUUAGUUGAACGGCGACAGAUUUUCGAUUUUUGCCUGCUAUUUUUUCUGCGAAUUUUGUAACUUUUUAGAUAUUUGGAAGUUUUUCUUUUAACAUUCAGUGCGUUCCUACUUGAUAAUGUGCAAAUACAAUUUUUUAAAAUGUAUUUUAUAACAUGUUUAUGCAAAUUUUAUAAGUGAAAAAGCUGAAAAAAUACACUACCCUGCUGCGUGAGUAAUUUUAAGCAAAGAAGUGAAAAUCCCCUUUUGAUUUCAUCAUAACGGAAGUGUAAUUUUUAAGUGAAGUACUGAAACAACGAUACACAAUGUCAUUAGCCAGCGCUGCAGGGAUUUUAUUAAAACCACAGACACCAUUACAACAGUUGCUAGAGGAUAUAAAUUUUCAACGCACCAAAGAAAUGCGACAAUUGCUCAAAGAUGAUAGCGGGUUUGUUGUGCUCCAAGGCACUACAUAUUGGACAGAUUUAUUCGUACGACAUUUUCUAUUUCAAACCGAACCAGUGCACAGCAUAGAUUCCGAUGAUUUGCUCUUCUUCGUACGCAAAAAACACGUGAAAAGUUCUUCCCGACAUAUGCCAAAAUAUGAGACAGAGGUUGAUGUUUUUCGUAAGGACUCGCGUAAACUUCCAAUCGGUGAUCCGGACGUCGACUGGGAGGAGACGGUCUAUUUAAAUAUGGUUAUACAUCAAUUCGACUACACACUCACAUUAGCUAUUUGCACACGCACAUCGCCAAAGGAAUUGCAGGUGUUGAGACGUCACUCUCAGCGCGUAUAUGCUAGUCCUAGUCGCCGAAAAAUGGAUACCAAAGGUGAAGGCGAGGAGAUAACAUAUCCGCAUAUCUGUUUUAUGGUGGACAAUUUCGACGAGGUGUUCAGCGAUAUCUUGGUGCGCGAUGGUGAAAUGGUGUGCGUGGAAUUGGUUGCCAAUGACAAAGAUGGUUCGGUGCAAGGUGUCAUUUUUCUGGGCUCAAUACGCUAUGAUGCGCUCAAAAAGGUCUAUGAUGCGAGGCAAUCUAGCCUCAGUUCGAAAGUGGCGCAACGCAUGUCCUUUGGUCUGUUUAGCAGCGGCGCCGGUGUGCAAACACGUUGCGAAUUUGUGCGCAUGAAGGGACCACAAGGCAAGGGACACGCCGAAAUGGCUGUUACAAAACCCAAAGGUUCAGGCGUGGAGACGCCCACCAGUGAACCGGGCUUUUGCGCUACCGACAUGUGGGACGAUUGGGAGGAGGAAAAUGACGACUAUUGCACAUAUCGUCAUCAACGUCGUCUAAGUGAUCCCAGCGCUAAUUUAAAUAAUUUCUCGCGUUACGCUUGGCGCACAAAAGGUGCACCUGAUGCGGUCGGCGGCACUGCGGGCGCUAAGGCGCGUUCGGAGAAUGAAGGGCUCGAUUCGUUGGCGAAUGAGGUGUCUGAAAUUGAGGCUGGCGACUUACGUGAUGAUCUACGUCCUGCUUUCUCGGCAUCCGAGGCAAAACUACAUCUCAAUCCGAACUGUGAGGCAGCUAAUGCGGCUGCGGUUAAGCUACCGAUUUCACCCGAAAACGAAGUGAAACACGGCGUACCAGAGCAAACGACCAAAGUUGCAAGCGUGAACAGUGUGCCCAUCGCUGAGGCAGUGGAAGCCACUGCGGCGACAAUUAACUCACCGACCUCGCAUGCAAGCACUACGGGUUGCAGCAAUUGUUUUGGCGGUAAAAAGUGCAAACGUUGGGUCGGUGCGUCGAGCGAUAAGAAUACGCCCGAGAUGUCCGAGGUAUAUUGUCCCACAUGUGAUGAUGCGGCUAAUGAGACGCCAGCAUGCCUCAAUAAAAUGCCCGACAAGAAGUCCAAACCCAAACAUAAAACCAUACUGAGUGUCGAAAGCGAAUUGAUUGUGAGCAAGCGCGGUAGUCUACGGUUGACAGGUGGCGCGUCGAAGCCGAAAACCGUUGUGCGUAGCGCCUCAUUGAGUGCAGCCGAUCGUAAGCCGAAACGCACGUUAAGUCCAGCGGCCGACAAGAGGGAUAAGACUAAAAUGAAAGAGAAAGACAAGGAUAAGGAUAAAGAUAAGGUUAAGGAUAAAAGCAAAACUACGAAUUUACUCGCCAAGGUUUCACCGAAACGCAUCAGGUCCAAAGCAGACGCUGCGUCCACAACAAAAACUAAGAACAAUAACGCAUCCAAAGAUACGAAAGACAACAAAACAGUUAAGGAGUGCAUUAGCAAUAAUAACAGCGCGGUAGAGCAAGAGCCUACGACACAGCAAGCCGAAGAAUAUGAAAUCGCCGAUGAUGCGACUUCGUUGAAUGGCAGCGCGGCGGAAGCGUCCGAAGCCAAAAUGGCUAUACUGAGCGAACAAGACACGAAACUGAUGAUAAAUGUGCGCGGUCGUGAAGAACUGCCCGUUGUAGAGCAGCGUUCACCGCCAAACACGGCCGAGUUAAGUGCACCCAGUAGCGCCGGCAGUGGCCAAACCAAUCCAUACAGUUUCGAUAAAUGUGUACGUGUACCUGUAAAAUCAGAAUGCCAUCCAUUGCAGCAGCAGCAACAGGCGAAGCAGUCAGUGAGCCAGGAACUGCACGCUGGCGCUGCCGCUGCUGAAACUUUUGAUAAUAAGCGCGACAAUAGUAUUUCGCCGACGACAGCCUCAGCAACAACCACAUCACGAACAAUAAAAACCACAAAACUUCAGUUGGAUACUCAAAGUGCAGUCGCAGCCGCUGCGACCAAUGAUAUCAGCGAUUGUAAUGGCAAUUGUCACAUGUUGUCAUCGCCGCCGCCGUCGUCGAGUGCACAACGUUCGCCGCUUUCGCCACCGCCCUCCGUGUCGGCGGCCAGCGGCAGCGGUGAGAACGGCAGUGUAAGUGAUGGCGGCGGUGCUGGCAGUGGCGGGGAGAACGGUCAUUCCAAUGCGACGUUGCCGCGCGCCAAGCGCAGUGCUGCUCAGCAUGCGUUCUAUCAACGUGCUCUCAGCUUGGUGCCGAAGCGGCGCACCCCCGAUGGCACCAACAUUUAUUAUUGGUGUGAUUUGCCGCGUAAGGCGCUCAAAGAAUUAGAUGACGGCGCCUACAAUCCACUAUGGGCAAGUCGUGGCUUCACACAGUCAUUCCACUUUUGGAAAGAGAAUCGUCGGCAACAGUCCACACCGCUCAAUGCAUUCCUCACUUAUGUGACACUGCCGUGGUGGAGCAUUGCUAAAGAUUUGCUGGAUCAUCGUGAAACGCCCAUACUAACCUUUUAGUAUUAAAUUAAUAAUUUAGUCUCAUUUUAUUUAU